AUGUCACAAACCGUUACCCUAACACGGAAGCUCGCCGUAACGGCCAACGACGAUGAGAUUUACACCAUUGACGAGCUCAUCAAACGACGUGCCGAAGAGCUAGGCGAUGCUACUUUGAUCGGAUAUCCGAAGGAAGACACUGUCGCAGACUAUGAAGAAUAUUCCGCACGAACCUUGGAUCGAUAUGCAGAUGCUGCCGCCGAGCUUUUGCAACGCCAAGGCGUGAAGCCAGUGGACUCGAGUCUAGAUCAAGCUCCGGUUGUUGGCAUCAUAGCACAAUCCGGACUGCACGUUAUCAUCACGACCCUUGGCUUGAGCCGGCUGGGUUAUGCUGUACUUCUUCUGUCGACACGACUUGCAAGCCCGGCAAUAAGUCGUCUACUAAGCCUUGCCAACUGCAGCACGCUCCUUACCACUUCCAGUUUCCAUCCGGUGCUGUCUGAAGUUCAGAAAGAGCGCGCGGUUGAGAUCCUCGACUUGCUGGCGCACAGCGACUAUUGCAACUUUGAGGCCCCACGAUUCGUCCGAACGUACGACCCUGUAAAGGAAAGACGGAAACACUCCAUCAUAAUCCACUCUUCUGGAUCGACCGGACUGCCCAAACCGAUCUUCCUAACCCACAUGAGCUGCAUUGCAGCUUUCCAAGCAAACCUCGAUAGACGAGCACUCAUCACAUCCCCCUUCUUCCACAGCCAUUGUUUCUACGAGACGUUCCGGUCGAUAUACUCUGGAAAGCCGAUUUACUACUGCAACUAUGCGCUUCCUCUCACAAAGCGCAGCGUCGUCGAGAUGCUGGAGCGUGCAAAGCCCGACCUAUUCCACUGCGUGCCAUACGUUCUGAAGCUUCUUGCGGAAUCGGAAGAUGGCAUCGCAGCCCUCGCAAAGGUCGACUUUGUCAUCUUUGCCGGAAGUGCGUGUCCAGAUGAUCUCGGAGACAAGCUCGUCAGGGCAGGUGUAAACCUGAACGCCAACUACGGAGCCACUGAAACAAGCAGACUGAUGACCUCGGCCCGUCCAGCUGGUGACUUGGAUUGGAAUUACCUUCGCAUACUCCCUCAGGUGCAACAAUGGGUUCUCAUGGACGAGAUUGCGCCGAAGAUCUACGAAUGCGUUGCGCUCGAUGGUCUCCGUUCCAAGAGCACCAUCAAUUCAGAUGACCCUCCCCGAUCAUUCCGCACACGAGACUUGUUUACCCCCCAUCCAACACGGCCUGGCCUCUGGAAGUAUGUUUCCCGACUCGAUGACAGGUUCACGCUGGUGAAUGGCGAAAAGGUGCUCCCUGUGCCAAUAGAAGGUCGCAUCCGGCAAGAGCCCACGGUAAAAGAAGCCAUCGUGUUUGGAGAUGGGAAGACGGUUCCAGGUGUUCUCAUCGUCAAGGAUGAACGCGCUGCACAUAUCCCAGACGAUCAGUUCCUGCAAGACAUUUGGCCCGCAGUUAUGGAUGCAAACUCUCGCGCUGAAAGUUUCUCGCAGAUACCAAAGGAGCUUGUUGUCAUCUUGCCUGCUAACACUGUGUAUCCUGCAACGGACAAGGGUACCUUCAUCCGCGGUCUUACUUACACUCAAUUCAAGUCGGAAAUCGAAAACGCAUAUUCCAAGUUCGAGACUGAAGAAGAAGGCGGUGCACUCGCUCUAGACGGCCCAGAACUAGAAGCGCAUCUGAUGCAAAGAUUCCAGGAACAUACCGGUGUUGCGUUGGAAUCAGUAGAGUCUGAUUUCUUUGCCUCUGGUAUUGACAGUCUCCAAUGCAUUAAGAUGUGGAAUUUGAUCAAGAAAGAAAUCGACCUUGGUGGUAGACAAGCUCAGCUUGGCCAGAACAUUCUAUAUGAGACGGGCAACGUCCGAACGCUUGCUGCACAUCUCGUCAGUCUACGCACUGGAAGUACAGACGUUGCGAAAGACCAGCGACGAAUUAUGAGUGAUCUCAUUGAGAAGUACUCCACUUUCCCGGUAUUCCAGCCAACCAGUGGCAAGAAGGCUGAAGGGGAAGUCGUUCUGUUAACAGGCGCCACUGGAGGACUCGGGGCCCAUCUCCUUGCUCAACUUGUCGCCAGGCCCAAUGUCUCUGCCGUGUGGAACUUGGUCCGCGCUUCAUCUGAGGAGACAGCACACCAGAGAGUCAUGGAAAGUAUCCAGAAGCGCGGUAUCACGAUACCAUCAGAACAGCAACAUAAGAUUAUCGCCCUUCCCGCCGAUCUAAGUCAACCCGAUUUUGGCCUCAGCGCCGACAAGGUCUCCGCACUGCGAUCUAGCCUCACAGCUGCAAUACACAGCGCUUGGGCUGUCAACUUCAACAUCUCCGUAUCAAGUUUCGAGGCGCAGCACAUCAAGGCUGUACACAACCUCAUCUCGUUCUGCCAGUCGACCAUCGCCCAGGAACCAGCACGAUUCUUCUUCUGCUCUUCGGUGUCCGCAGCAGCCGGUACACCCCGGCCAGGCACAGUCGCAGAGAAGAUAGUUGUUGAUCCCGCGCACGUCCAAGGCACAGGCUAUGCGCAGUCGAAGUUCGUUGCUGAGCACAUAACCUGUAACGCGAUGAAGAACGCCGGUGCUGCCUCUCGCGUCCUCAGGGUCGGCCAACUCAUCGGCGACACUACGGUUGGAGAAUGGAAUACAACGGAAGGUAUUCCACUGAUGAUCCAGACCGCGGUUACGCUCGGUGCGCUGCCCGCCCUAGACGAAGAGAUGAGCUGGCUGCCAGUCGAUGUUGCAGCGAGCAUCAUCCUAGACGUUGCGCUCGCAGAGCAAGGUUCCUCGCCAGAUCCAGAACUGGUGCACCAUGUGUUGAAUCCACGCCGCUUCCACUGGACACGCGAAAUGCUACCCGCACUACGCGAAGCCGGCCUGAAGUUUGAUGUGCUCCCUACUGAUCAGUGGAUGGACAGGUUACGAACCUCAGAUCAAGAUCCAGUGAGAAAUCCUCCUAUCAAACUGCUGGAUUGGUUCGAGAGCAAAUAUGGACGUACAUCAUCGCCAGCGAAACAAGGGGUCUUGGAGUACUUGACAAAAGAAACGGAAGCUCGGAGUGCGAGCUUGAGAGCGGUGCCUGAUGUUACGGAUAGGAAGUUUGUACGCAUGAUAGUGGAGAGAUUGAUGGCACAUUGGGGUGGAGCAUGA